UUCAGUUUCGCCAUUCUAGUGAAUUUUGGGGAUCGAAAACCCUAGAAGAAGAAGAAGGAACAUUCAAACUUUUGGGCUUCUGGUUCAUCUCGGGCGUCAACCUCCCGAUCAGUCUUUGAAUUCUGGAAGAUGGCUGCUCCAAGAACAGGGGUGAAAUCUAUGAAAGAUUACUUGAAAAAGUAUGAAAGUAGUGAGGUCAUAGAAAAGAAAAAGAAGAAGAAGAUGAAGAAGCCAUCCAAACCUGAACCCACUGGUGUUUUAGUUGUGGAUGAAGAUCCAGUUUGGCAGAAGCAGGUUGAUCCCCAAGAGGAGCAAGAUAAUGAAAAUGAUUCAGCUGAGGAAAGACCUGUGGUUGAUGAGGACAUUGAAGUUAAGAGAAUGCGGAGGUUGGAGGAAAUCAAGGCAAGGCGUGCUCAAAAUGCCAUUGCUGAGGAUGGGAGUGGGUGGGUGAGUUUAUCUUCAGACCAGGGCGGCUGUGACGACCAAAGAUCUGAUGAUAUUUCUCCUCCAAGGAGACAGAGGACUCGUAACGACUCUCCAUCUCCUGAGCCUGGGCCCAGGGGUUCACUUCCUGAAACAGACAUGUCACCACCACGUCGGAGAAAACGUCAUUAUACACCUUCCCCUGAACCUAACAGACAACAUGCCAAGCCUGUUAGUUUGGAUUCUGAUUUGACACCACCUCGCAAAAGGCGAGCCAGGAAUGAUUCACCUUCACCAGAACCUGAAGAUACAGCCCCCAAAAGUCUGGGUGAAGAUCUGUCUCCUCCUCCGAACAGAUGUGUUCAUCCUGUAUCGCCUGAAAGAAGCGGAAAGCGUUCAGAUUCUCUUGAGUUGGACGGUGAUUUAUCUCCCCCUCGCAGGAAAAAGGAUUCACUUGCCUCAGAUGUUAACAAAAAGAGCAAUGAUCUUUCUCCUCCACGGAGAAGACGAUAUCAUUCUCCAUCACCUGAACCUGGUAGAAAGCCUUCAAAAUCUCUUGGCUCGAACUCUGAUUUAUCUCCACCACGCAGGAGUGUGAGUGUGAAGGGUUCCCGAGACUCGGAUCUUUCGCCUCAAAGGAAAACUGUGUCGAGGAGUUCCAAUUUUGGUAGCUCUCCACCAAGGAGACCGCGCAGAGAAUCACCACCUCCCCAAACAAGCAAGGAGCAACGGAAGACUGGGCUAAUUAGUGGCAAAGACAUUGGAAGUGAAUAUCGAAAGAAGAAGGAGGAUGAACAGCUGAGGUUUAAAAAUAUGGAUUCCGAGCUAACUGGUCAGAAUGCAGAAGCAGUGUUCCGUGACAAGAUUACAGGGAAGCGUAUAACGAAGGAGGAAUAUCUUCAAUCAAAGCAAAAGAAAGUCAUAGAGAAGCCAAAGGAGAUCAAAUUGGAAUGGGGCCAAGGUUUAGCUCAGAAGCGUGAUGCUGAAGCUAGACUACAGGAACUUGAGCUUGAGAAGGAUAAGCCAUUUGCUCGGACCAGGGAUGAUCCCGAGCUUGAUCAAAUGAUGAAAGAAAGAGUUAGAUGGGGAGAUCCAAUGGCUCAUUUGGUGAAGAAAAAGCAGUACGAGGCACCUCUUAUGGAUCUUGGGGACAACGAGGAGAUGAAAAAAUCCGGAUUUGUAAUACCACAAAGUAUCCCAAAGCACAGCUGGAUAACAAGAGGAUUAGAAGCUGCACCUAAUCGGUAUGGAAUCAAACCCGGUAGACAUUGGGAUGGAGUUGACCGCAGUACUGGCCAUGAGAAGGACAGGUUUAAGAAGACAAGUGAGAAAAAAGCAACGGAAAGAGAAGCGUACCUUUGGUCUGUUUCUGAUAUGUGAUUCCCCAAAACUAAAUCAGAAUUUGUUGUUGGGCUAAAUGUGGUUUGGUUCAUGAGAGGACCAUUCUAAACCGAGGAGCUAUGUGUUUGUACUCGUUUUAUAUGUUAAGACAACGAGGAAUUCUGGUAAUUGUUUAAAAUGCUAGAUAACGGUACAGUAUGGCUUCGGUUUAACAUAA